CUAGUCGAAGCCACAAAAAAAGAAGAAGAAGAAGAAGAAGAAGAAACUUGCUUUCUGAAAAUAUUUUAUUUUUCUUCUAUGUGAAUUACGAAGCAUAAAGUGAUAAAUGAAUAAUUACAAUUAAAGUGAAUUGAAAAAAGGAAAAAAAAAAAAAAUGUCUUCCAAUAAACGUGUAAAAUCGAUAUUCAAUAUUAUCGACGAUGAACAAAAUUGUUGUUCCGAAUUGAAAAUAAAUAAUUAUAAAUUAAAUUGGUUAAUUAAAAAUUUGGAAUUAAUUUGUAAAACAAAAAAAAUUCUCAUAUCGACAAAAUUUCCAGGAAUAAAUAUCGAUUAUAUUCAAUGGUACAUUAAAAUUGAAUUAACGGAAUUAAAUGAAGAUAAUAAUGAGGGAAUUUUCAAAUUUACCAUACACAAUACAAAUGAUAUUAAAAAACAAAUUUAUUUUGAUAUUUUCAUUUUGAAUUUAUCACAAGAAAUUGUAAAAUUUAUUUCAAAUUCACCUAAUUUAAAUACGGAUAUAAAUUGGACGAUACGAGCAUCUGAAUUAUAUAAAAAAUUAAUUGACAACAAUUCACAAUUAUCGCAGGAUAUUACAAUUAUUUGUAAAUUAAGUGUUGUCAAUGAAUUAACAAAUAUUUUACAAAAAUCAUUAAAACCAUUAAACAAUACAUUAUUGUCCGAUGAACUUUUAAGUAAAAUUGAAAAUUCAUUUUCAAAUGAAUCAUUUAAAGAUGUUGCAUUUCAUGUUGAGGAUGAAGUAUUUACGGCACAUAAAUUAAUUCUCUCAUUACGAAGUUCAGUAUUUACUGAAUUAUUUCAUGAUAAUAUGAGUGAACAAGUAAUAUCGUUUGUUAAAAUUGAUGAUAUUAAUGCAAAAAUAUUUCAACGAAUGCUAUUAUUUAUUUAUACUGAUAAAAUAAAUGAUUUAAAAGAAUUUGCAAUGGAUCUUUAUUGUGCUGCUGAAAAAUAUAAAUUAAAUAAUCUUAAAAUAAUUUGCAUCAAUAAUUUAUAUGAAACAUUGUCAUGUGAAAAUGCAAUAAAAACACUUGAAUUUGCUGAUAAAUUUGCAAUAUCAAAUUUACGCGCUGAAUCAUUGAAAUUUAUUGUUUCAAAUUUGCCAAUAAUACGUGAGAGAAAAGAAUUUAUUGAAUUAAUAAAAACAAAUUCACAAUUAACUAUUGAAAUAUUCAAUAUGUUUGAAUUAAAGGACAAAAAAUUACAAAAAGAAAAUCAAUCGCAAAAUAUUAUUUUACCAAAAACAAAUUUCAUUAUUUCAAAAACAAUUCAAUCUAAACAAACAGUGUCUAGAGGAUCUGUGAUUCCAUUUGCGACAAGACAAUUACAAAUGAUUGAGAAAAAAAAUUAGACUGCAGCAUCACAUAUUUGAAAUAAAUAAAAUUUUUAUUUCGAAAAAUUACAGACACUAUUUUAUUUUAUUUAUCUUAAAGAUGAUGAUCUCUAAUUAACCAAUAUUACUAUAUAUUAAAUUAAAAACUAUAUUUAUAAGAUUAAUAUGUAUAAUACAAUAUUUGUGUUAUUUUUUUGUGUAUAAAUAAAAUAAAUAAAAAAUUUAU